CGUAUCUGCUCGGAGAGUACCCCUUUGCAGGUGGUUGAGAUGCUGAACAAUGUGUACACCAACUUCGACAGUCGCAUUGACAAAUAUGAUGUGUACAAGGUGGAAACAAUCGGAGACGCAUACAUGGUGGUCUCGGGUUUGCCACAACGCAAUGGUAACAAGCACGCUAGCGAGAUAGCGUGCAUGGCUCUGGACUUGCAGAAGUGCAUUGAGGAACUGGUCAUCCCGCAUAAACCUGGUACUAAGAUGACUCUUCGUAUUGGAAUGCACACAGGUCCUGUUGUUGCUGGUAUUGUCGGAUCUAAGAUGCCCCGGUACUGUCUAUUUGGUGAAAGUGUAAAUAUUGCAGCAAAGAUGGAAUCAAAUGGACUCCCAAAUCGUAUCCAAGUAAGUGAGGACUGCGCACACAUCUUAACCAUCAUCAACAGCUUUUCUAUGGCCAAAAGAGGAGAGAUGCUUAUCAAGGGACGUGGCACCAUGAUUACCUAUUGGCUGCUGGGCUGUGUUCAAGAUGCAGAUGGUAAUGGCUUUAAUACUAAUCGUCAAGAUUUGAACCUCCACGUGCCCGAAUUACCUCACCCUGCCAUCCUGGACAGCGACUAA